AGGUAGCAUGUAAGGGUUCAUCGAAUACGCAACUUGUCCUUUUGCUCGCCACUGACGGGAAACAAAACUACACUUGCCGGAAACGCAAGCUCAACUGCCUUUGAAGUGGGCUUCAUCGAACGCUUUCUCCGAAUUCGGGACAAAGUGGGCGGUCAUUUAGUAAUCGGCAAAUGGUACCUGCGCAGAAGCCUCGAAACCUCCUGUCCUGGGAGCGAGGGGGGCUUCCCAUGCUUGCAGCAGAGGAGUCAACCGAGCGACGGCAUUCACUCAUUCGCCUGACUGUUGAUGUUGACGGUCUCAAGAGCAUCGAGAGGUUGAAAGAGCGUCCCCCGUUCAGCCGGGAACGUUUUGAUGACCGGUCUUUCGUCAUUGAGGAAGAAGUCAGCUUUGGAGCCACUCUUGCACAUUUCAAGGGCCUCUGCCAGUUAUUCAUACUCGAGGAUAUGAAAGAGCCAGGCUUUUCGGUAUGGGACACCUCAACACCUCCUACCCUUACGAGAUGGCUUCGUCAGCCACCCGGAGAUUGGUACGGCCAGCGCUUCUAUACGAUCGAUCUCGGUACGGCCACGGGCCUUACCUUUGUCGAAUAUGAUGGCCUGGUCGCCAUAUACGCGCAUUCUAGGACUCACCCCGGUUGUGAUAAACGUUACGACCGCGAUGGUGCAGACUGGAUUUACAUGCCGUUGCCUCCACAUGACACAAUCCUCCGCUGUGGCCCUUUGGUAACUCGAGACAGUCUCAGAAUUGAGAAAGGAAUGAGUGCCUUCAUGUUCUGGACACGACUAUCUGGGGAGAUUGUUAUUGGGCGAAACAACUACAACUUUGACCCGGAGAGAUGUGCUUCCCUACUCGGUCCACCUGAUCGACCCGUGACAACCCUGGUAUAUCGUAAAAGAUUCUUGGGGCCGAAGACCUCCAUUACCGCCGUUGCAACGUAGGAUGAUCCGUGUUAUAGCGGGAGUUCGUCUUGCCUUCAUACUACCCCCCCGAGGGCCUGGGAUCGUGGAUGCGAACCUCCUACGCUCCGUUGGAGAACGUCAGUCAGAUCCGCAUCUUCUACCAUAAAGGCGGCAUCCAUUGCAAGGGCAUGGUACUUGA